AGGAAGUUAGAAGACGGGGGCUGUGGGUGUACCUUGCGGAUAGGGGCGAACCGUGUCAAAUGCUCCCUAUGCCACGCAACCAACCUCGCCCUCGCCCUCGCCCCUAACAAACCCUCAGUUUUAGUAAUGGGAAAAUAUUAGAGUGGAAGGAAGGUCCUCCUCUCUCAAAGCCCUCAGAACCUGGAGUCGGAUCUUCAGCGAAGCUUAGUGCUUGAGAGCACAAGACUCUGGAGUCCAGAUCGGGCCGUGGCUGAUUAGGGUGCAUCGGGACUCCUCCUUUUCCUAACGAGAAGUGUGCGUCCUGCAAAUCGGGGGUCCAUUAGUUUCGUUUAGGGCUCACCUCCUCCGGGAGAGAAAGGACUUUCCCCGGAGGUGGGCGUGGAUUGAACGCUCUGGCCUCGAUGGGGCCGCGGUUUCCCCUCCUGGUGGCCGCGCUGGGCAGCUGCCUGCUUCCUGCCCUGGGUUGUCUCGUUUGUGAUAAAAGGGUCCUGGAUGCGCUAAAGUCCUUGGAGACGGAUUACCUGCCUGACCACCUGGGGGCUGAGCAUCACAAAAACGUGAUGGAGAAGUUGAAGGCUGGCAUGAAGGAUUUCGAGAACCUGCAGCUUGAGGAUGAGAGCUUUUAUGGGGUCAUUGAUGACCCCACACUGGAAAAGGGAACCUGGAGUUUUCUGAAGGACCUGAAACGCAUCACGGACAGUGACGUAAAAGGUGAGCUCCUCGUGAAGGAGCUGUUCUGGAUGUUGAAACAGCAAAAGGAGAUCUUGGCCAGACACGUUUCUCUGUUCCAAAAAGAUGUUCUCUGUCCCAACAAAUGUGGUAUGAUGUUGCAGACUCUGACCUGGUGCGAAACCUGCGAGAAGAAGGUUCACGCUUGUCGGAAGAACGCGAAUUGUGGGGAGCGCAGCGUCAAGGUCCAUGAAAUGGAAGACAUGAUCCUGGACUGUGAGCUCAACUGGCAUCACGCCUCUGAAGGCCUGAAGGAUUACAGCUUUUACAGGGUUUGGAAGAACAAAACUGAGAGGUUGGUGUACAAGGGGACGGCGCCCACCCUGACCAAGCCCAUGGUGAAGCCAUCGGAUGCGGGUACCUACCGCUGCCAGCUGAACACCGUGAAAUCCGAGCCAGCCACCAUCAUCCAUUAUCAAGUCAGAGUGUUGCCCAAAAGAAUAGUGGAGGAGACGCCGUCAACAAGCAUCGUCCCGAACCAGGAGGACCUGGACAUGGCCCUGGAUGAGGUGACGUGGGCUCCCAACAAGUCGUCCACAACCAUCCCGCCUCCGUCACCGUCCUCCGCGGCACCGACUCCGACCGUGGAGAACAUGCUGAGAAGCCUCCUGGUGGGGCUGCUGAUCUGGGGCUUUGUGGUGCUGAUAGCCAGCAUCGUCAUCUUGAUGCUCUGCUAUUGGUCCGAGAAAAAUCCUGGAUACUUCAUUGAUUCCAUCAAGUCCUGGGUCAGCACUGCCAAGGAGGCUGCUCAGAGCCCCAAGGUUCCAGAGAAAAAGGCCAAAAAAUCUAGGAGCCAAUAAAGAUUUAUUUGAUUGUU